AACAUGUAUUUUUUUUUUAACAGAAAAAGGCAAAGUGGUAGCCAGCUAAAAGAGGAGACGCAAAGGUCCACCAAAGCUGCGCGUUGCCAUAGAAACACCUUAGCUUGGUUCCUGCGAAUUCGGGUGCUGAAGGUGGAAAAAGUGAAAAGCGAGACUGGAGGACAUCCCCCGCUUCGGUCUCUCAGGGCAAAGAAAUUGGUGGAGAUUGGAUCUAGAGGCAAAUGGCAGAUACCUAGCAAAAUGCCACUGAUUUAAGCUGCAACCUGAUGGAUCAGUAGGACUUUACAAGUAACUAAGCUGGUGACAUUAUAGACCCGCACCACAUGAUGAUGCUUCCAGCUCUAGGACUUCUCUAAUAAGCAAAAAGAAGGGGUGACUGCAUUUUUGUGAGAUUAUAAAUGUACCAUGGAAGUUAACAAUAGUACCUCAAGAAGAAUGGAAGAAGGCCAACUGGAAGCCUCAGAUCCUCCGAAAGCUUGGCAUUCAGAAGUGACAGUAUUAGUGACAGGCAAACCACCUAAUCUUGUGGAAGAAGAAGAAACAGCUGGAAAAACAGACAUAGAAAUCACCCCGGAAAUCAUAGCAUCACUUUCCAUUCUAGAUGUGCUGAGGAUCUCCGCAGUUCUGGAGGAUACCAUAGACCAGCUCUCUAUUCUAAACUAUAUCAUGCCAGUUCAGUAUGAAAUAAAACGAAGCAACAGCAUGAAGAAAACAAAAGCAAUAAAUUUAGAAGAAAAAAGCUUGGACAGACUGACAGAGGUCUCAAGAUCCUUGAAAAUAUCUAGUACGUUGUUACCCAGAGAAGACUCCAAACUGCCAGAAAUCAGACAAGAAGGCCAAUUUGCCAAUGAGUUUAAUAAAAUGCAAGAUCAUAUCUUCAAAAAACCUACAAUGCAGACUAUAAUGACUCCGGAGACAAUGAAGAAAAUUCAGAUGGAUAGACAAUUUUUCAGUGAUGUGAUUACAGAUACAAUGCAAGAGUUGCAAAAUUCAGGCACUUUCACCAACCUCCUGAAAGCUUUGAGCAAAGAGAAGGAAAAUGAAAUGCAUUUCUAUGAAAUCAUUGACAGGGAGGAGAAAGGAAGGAAGCAAAUAAAAUCUCUUCAGAAGCAGCUUCUUAAUGCCAAAAAAGAACGGCAAGUGGAAGUACAGGGUCAGAAUGAAUAUAUUGCUCACCUUAAGGACCAGUUGCAAGAGUUGAAGGCAAAAACCAACAUGGAGAAUCACUUUAUGAAGAAAAAUACUGAGCUGCAGAUUUCUCAGACCCAGAAAAAAUGUAACAAAACAGAGGAGCUCUUGCUGGAAGAGAUUGAGAAACUAAGGUUGAAAACUGAAGAAGAGAACCGGAUUCAUAUGGAGAUUGAAAUGUUCCUCAAAAAGGAACAGCAGAAACUUGAGGAGAAGCUAGAGUUCUGGAUGGAGAAAUACGAUAAGGACACAGAAAUGAAACAGAAUGAACUGAAUGCUCUCAAAUCUGCUAAGGCCAGUGAUUUAACACACCUUCAAGACCUUGCAAGGACGCUAAGGGAGUAUGAACAAGUCAUCAUUGAAGAUCGUUUAGAAAAGGAGAAGAACAGGAAGAAGCUACAACAGGAUACCUUGGAACUAAAGAGCAUCAUAAAGCUCCAGGCCUGGUGGCGAGGCACUGUGGUACGGAAAGAAAUUGGUAGUUUCAGAAUGCCUAAGAAGGAUGUAGAUGAUAGCAAGGAUUCAAAAGGUAAAGGCAAAGAUAAAGACAAGCGGAGAGGCAAGAAAUAGUGACCAGGUAUCUUCUGUUUUUUCUUCUGGUAUCCUGGAGAUGAGGACUUGAAGGGAGUAAGAAACAUCUUCUACCAUAAGAUCUCUCUUCUAUAGGUUGUUUCUUAUUUGGACAUUCCCAGGAGUGGCCUGGUUAUUUCAUUUUGCCUGCUAUAUUAGUUUUCAAACCCUGAAUUAGGAUUAUACUAUUCAUUUAGGGCUCCUUUAUAAUUUGAAAAAAUUUUGCUGGGAAGAACCAUUUUUAAGAGCCUUGUAAAGACACCUUUUGAUAAAUUUUCUAUCAGAAAAAAUUUCAUGGGCUCACAGUGAUGCAUUAAAACCAGUAAUAUCUGUAAUGUCUGAUUCUCAUUUUUAUUCAAUUAGUCUAUAAUGGAAAGACUCUUCUGAGCAUAAGUGUUCAGUAGGAAUUACAAGAUGAUGUUUAUAAAGUGUCUCAUGUAACAUGUACACAGUGAAGUUUUAAUAAAGGUUGCUUCUUGCUUUUU